AUGGAUUUUGAUGACUUUAUAAAUAAGAGUGUGCUGUCCCGUAAACAAUUGUCAAACAACUAUGCCCACAAGUACCACACAAAAGUCUACUACAACUACAACCACUGUGGCAACAACAACCACACCAGAGACAAACACCACAACAGAACCUACAACCGCCAUACAAUCUACAACUACCACAGAGCAAACCACCACAACUCUAAAAACAACAACACCACAUGUGGAAACCACUACCACCCCAGAGUCAACAACAACUACAACAACUGUGGAAACAACAACCACACCAGUGAUAACCACCACAACAGAAUCCACAACCCCAACCAUCAUAGAAACUACAACAACAACAACAGAGAAAACCACCACAACUCCAAAAACAACAACACCACAUGUGGAACCCACUACCACCCCAGAGUCAACAACAACUACAACCACUGUGGAAACAACUACCACACCAGUUAUAACUACUACAACAAAAGCUACAACUACGACUACCACAGAGCAAACCACCACAACUCCAACAACAACAACACCACAUGUGGAAACCGCUACCACCCCAGAGUCAACAACAACUACAACGACUGUGGAAACAACAACCACACCAGAGAUAACCACCACAACAGAAACCACAACACCAACCACAAUAGAAACUACAACAACAACAGAGAAAACCACCACAACUCUCAAAACAACAACACCACAUGUGGAAACCACUACCACCCCAGAGUCAACAACAACUACAACAACUGUGGAAACAACAACCACACCAGAGAUAACCACCACAACAGAAACCACAACACCAACCACCAUAGAAACUACAACAACAACAGAGAAAACCACCACAACUCUAAAAACAACAACACCACAUGUGGAAACCACUACCACCCCAGAGUCAACAACAACUACAACAACUGUGGAAACAACAACCACACCAGUGAUAACCAGUACAACAAAAGCUACAACUACAUCUACCGAACAAACUACGACUACCACAGAGAAAACCACCACAACUCUCAAAACAACAACACCACAUGUGGAAACCACUACCACCCCAGAGUCAACAACAACUACAACAACUGUGGAAACAACAACCACACCAGUGAUAACCACUACAACAAAAGCUACAACUACAACUACCGAACAAAGUACGACUACCACAGAGAAAACCACCACAACUCUCAAAACAACAACACCACAUGUGGAAACCACUACCACCCCAGAGUCAACAACUACAACCACUGUGGCGACAACAACCACACCAGUGGUAACCACUACAACAGAAACCACAACACCAACCACCUUAGAAACUACAACAACAACAGAGAAAACCACUACAACUCUCAAAACAACAACACCACAUGUGGAAACCACUACCAACCCAGAGUCAACAACAACUACAACAACUCUGGAAACAACAACCACACCAGUGAUAACCAGUACAACAAAAGCUACAACUACAACUACCGAACAAACUACGACUACCACAGAGCAAACCACCACAACUCCAAAAACAACAACACCACAUGUGGAAACCACUACUACCCCAGAGUCAACAACAACUACAACAACUGUGGAAACAACAACCACACCAGAGAUAACCAACACAACAGAAACCACAACACCAACCACCAUAGAAACUACAACAACAACAGAGAAAACCACCACAACUCUCAAAACAACAACACCACAUGUGGAAACCACUACCACCCCAGAGUCAACAACAACUACAACAACUCUGGAAACAACAACCACACCAGUGAUAACCACUACAACAAAAGCUACAACUACAACUACCGAGCAAACUACGACUACCACAGAGAAAACCACCACCACUCUCAAAACAACAACACCACAUGUGGAAACCACUACCACCCCAGAGUCAACAACAACUACAACAACUGUGGAAACAACAACCACACCAUCAACAACUACAACAACUCUGGAAACAACAACCACACCGGAGAUAACCACCACAACAGAAACCACAACACCAACCACCAUACAAACUACAACUACCACAGAGCAAACCACCACAACUCCAAAAACAACAACACCACAUGUGGAAACCACUACCACCCCAGAGACAACAACUACAACCACUGUGGCAACAACAACCACACCAGAGAUAACCACCACAACAAUGGCCACAACCACAUCUACUACAAGUUUUACUAUAGUCACAG